AUGGCGCCUGGUGGACUGGAGGCAGGAGCAUGUGAGGGGUGGAUGCUUCGCAAGGUCCAGCCUGGUAGUGAGCGACUCUCCCGGGCAAGCAAGGGGCUGGCAGGGAUGGGGCCUGGAGCUUCAGGAAAUGGGGUCAGGACGGCGACAGCUCCACGCUCAGCUGUGAGCCCCGGAGUCAGCCUGCAUGCCUACGACAUCGGGGUCCUGGUCGUCUACUUUGUCUUUGUCAUUGGCGUGGGGGUCUGGUCGUCCAUUCAUGCGAGCCGAGGAACCAUUGGUGGCUAUUUCCUGGCAGGGAGGUCCAUGAGCUGGUGGCCGAUCGGAGCAUCGCUAAUGUCCAGCAACGUAGGCAGCGGCUUGUUCAUCGGCCUGGCUGGGACAGGGGCUGCCGGAGGCCUCGCUGUGGGUGGCUUCGAAUGGAAUGCAACCUGGCUGCUCCUGGCCCUCGGCUGGGUCUUCGUCCCCGUGUACAUCGCAGCUGGCGUGGUCACAAUGCCGCAGUACCUGAAGAAGCGGUUCGGGGGCCAGAGGAUCCAGGUGUACAUGUCUGUGCUGUCUCUCAUCCUCUACAUCUUCACCAAGAUUUCGACUGACAUCUUCUCUGGAGCCCUCUUCAUCCAGAUGGCCUUGGGCUGGAACCUUUACCUCUCCACGGCCAUCUUGCUGGUGGUGACGGCCGUUUACACCAUCGCAGGGGGCCUGACGGCUGUGAUCUACACAGACGCUCUGCAGACGGUCAUCAUGGUGGGGGGAGCGCUGGUCCUCAUGUUCCUGGGCUUUAAGGAGGUGGGCUGGUACCCAGGGCUGGAGCAGCGGUACAGGCAGGCCAUCCCUAACGCCACAGUCCCCAACACCACCUGCCACCUGCCCCGGCCCGAUGCCUUCCACAUGCUCCGGGACCCUGUGAGCGGGGACAUCCCUUGGCCAGGCCUCAUUUUCGGGCUCACGGUACUGGCCACCUGGUGCUGGUGCACGGACCAGGUCAUUGUGCAGAGGUCUCUCUCCGCCAAGAGCCUGUCCCACGCCAAGGGAGGCUCCGUGCUGGGGGGCUACCUGAAGAUCCUGCCCAUGUUCUUCAUCGUCAUGCCCGGCAUGAUCAGCCGCGCCCUGUACCCAGAUGAGGUGGGCUGCGUGGACCCCGACAUCUGCCAGAGAAUCUGUGGGGCCCGCGUGGGAUGUUCCAACAUCGCCUACCCCAAGCUGGUCAUAGCUCUCAUGCCCGUUGGUCUGCGGGGCCUGAUGAUCGCCGUGAUCAUGGCCGCCCUCAUGAGCUCGCUCACCUCCAUCUUCAACAGCAGCAGCACUUUGUUCGCCAUUGACGUGUGGCAGCGCUUCCGCAGGAAGGCAACGGAGCAGGAGCUGAUGGUGGUGGGCAGAGUGUUUGUGGUGUUCCUGGUCGUCAUCAGCAUCCUCUGGAUCCCCAUCAUCCAAAGCUCCAACAGCGGCCAGCUCUUCGACUACAUCCAGUCUGUCACCAGCUUCCUGGCCCCGCCUAUCACUGCCCUGUUCCUGCUGGCCAUCUUCUGCAAGAGGGUCACAGAGCCUGGAGCCUUCUGGGGGCUCAUGUUUGGCCUGCUGGUGGGGCUUGUGCGCAUGAUCCUGGAGUUCUCGUACCCCACCCCAGCCUGCGGGGAGGCGGACCGGAGGCCCACCGUGCUCAAGGACUUCCACUACCUGUACUUCGCCCUCGUCCUCUGCGGGCUCACUGCCAUUGUCAUCGUCACUGUCAGCUUCUGUACAACCCCCAUCCCUGAGGAAAAGCUCGCUCGCCUGACAUGGUGGACACGGAACCAUCCCCGCUCUGAGCUGGAGAAGGAAGCCCAUGAGGACGCACCAGGGAAAGCAGAGAUGGCACCUGGGGGGCCCCCUGCGGGAGGCAGAGGAGCGGAGAACCCCAGCCGGUGCCCGGAGCAGCACGGAGCCCCACGCAGAUCCUGGGGAAAGCAGCUCUGGGGCUGGUUGUGCGGGCUGUCCGGGGCCCCGCAGCGAGCCCUGAGCCCAGCAGAGGAGGCCGCGCUGGAGCAGAAGCUGACCAGCAUCGAGGAGGAGCCACUCUGGAGAAGCGUCUGCAACGUCAAUGCUGUCCUCCUGCUGGCCAUCAAUGUCUUCCUCUGGGGUUACUUUGCGUGA